CGCGGCAGUGCGUGCACACCGCCAACAUAAAAACGCUUCGUAAAGGAAAACGGUGAGAGAAAUACAUAGAACUGUAGCUCAAACUGGAAAGACAGACUACCAUGUUACUGAGUGAUCUUCUGGAAUAUGUAUGAUAAAGGCAAGAUCAAGAAUAAACAGCAGUGUGUUCUCUGAACAUCUUUGCUUUUCGCCGCUAUCAAGGCACACCCAUUGACUUCACACAGAGGUUAAAUGAAUCAGCUUCAGUCAACAUGCCCGCCGGAAACAACGACCCCGAGAGCAUUUUAAGCUAUCAGAGGCCAGAUGAGGAGGUGGUGGUGGACCAGGGGGGGACUAGCUCUGUCCUCAACAUUCACUAUGAGAAGGAAGAGCUGGAAGGACACAGGACUCUGUUUGUGGGUGUGCGCAUGCCACUGGGGCGGCAGAGCCACCGGCACCACCGACCCCAUGGCUCACGGCACCGCAAAAAGGAGAGGACAAGAGGAAGCAUGGCACAAGAGGAAGAGGGUGCGGCUGCGUCCCAUGAUACACCCUCCCAGCGUGUGCAGUUCAUUCUGGGCACAGAGGAGGAUGAGGAACAUGUGGCCCAUGACCUUUUCACGGAGCUGGAUGAGAUCUGCGUGAAGGAGGGCAAGGACGCUGAGUGGAAGGAGACAGCCCGGUGGCUGAAGUUCGAGGAGGACGUGGAGGACGGUGGUGAGCGCUGGAGCAAGCCCUAUGUGGCCACGCUGUCCCUGCAUAGCCUGUUCGAGCUGCGCAGCUGCAUCAUCAAUGGCAGCAUGUUGCUGGACAUUAGGGCCUCCUGCAUUGAGGAGAUCGCAGACAUGGUGCUCGACCAGCAGGAGGCAGCACUGGAUGAGAGCGUGCGAGUGAAGGUGCGGGAGGCGUUGCUGAAGAGGCACCACCAUCAAAAUGAAAAAAAGAGGAACAACCUUAUCCCAAUGGUGCGCUCUUUUGCUGACGCUGGACGGAAGCCAUCUGAACCCCACACCAUGGACAAGACUGGCCAAGCUGUCUCUCCUCAACCUCCACCAGCCAACGUGGAGGUCAAAAAUGGCAACACCCUGGACAACUGCCAAGUGGAUCGUAGCAAGGUGGACACUCAUUUCAUGAAGAAGAUCCCCAUGGGGGCAGAAGCCUCAAAUGUUCUCGUGGGUGAGCUGGACUUCCUAGAGAGGCCAAUCGUGGCUUUUGUCCGUCUGUCCCCUGCAGUGCUGCUGUCUGGGCUGACUGAGGUUCCCAUACCCACCAGGUUCAUGUUCAUUCUCCUGGGCCCAGAUGGAAAAGCCCAGCAGUACCAUGAGAUUGGCCGUUCCAUGGCCACCAUCAUGACUGACGAGAUUUUCCAUGAUGUGGCCUACAAGGCUAAGGAUCGCAGUGACCUUUUGGCAGGGAUCGACGAGUUCCUGGACCAGGUGACCGUUUUGCCUCCUGGAGAGUGGGAUCCCUCCAUUCGAAUUGAGCCCCCAAAGAAUGUUCCUUCCCAGGAGAAGAGGAAGAUGCCUGGAAUGCCCAACGGGAUGGCCUGCCAGGUGGAGAUAGAGUCACAGGGGGAGCACCAUGGCCCAGAACUGCAGAGAACUGGCAGGUUGUUUGGAGGCCUGAUCCUGGAUGUAAAACGGAAGGCUCCCUUCUACCUGAGUGACUUUCGGGAUGGCCUGAGCCUGCAGUGUGUGGCUUCUUUUCUGUUCUUGUACUGCGCCUGCAUGUCCCCUGUCAUCACCUUUGGUGGGCUGCUGGGGGAGGCCACUGAAGGCCGCAUUAGUGCCAUCGAGUCCCUGCUGGGUGCUUCCAUGACUGGCAUUGCCUACUCUCUCUUUGCGGGUCAACCUCUCACUAUCCUAGGGAGCACAGGGCCUGUCCUAGUCUUUGAGAAGAUCCUUUUCAAGUUCUGCAAGGACUAUGACCUGUCAUAUCUGUCCUUGCGCACCUGCAUUGGGCUCUGGACAGCGGCACUGUGCCUGGUGCUGGUGGCCACUGAUGCCAGCUCGCUGGUGUGCUACAUCACUCGCUUCACAGAGGAAGCCUUCGCUGCCCUCAUCUGCCUCAUCUUCAUCUAUGAGGCCCUGGAGAAGCUGGUGCACCUGGGCGAGCUCUACCCUAUCAACACUCACACCCAGCUGGAUCAGCUCACGCUUUCCUACUGUAGGUGUGCUGAACCAGACAGCCCCAGCAACAAAACUCUGGAGUACUGGAACCAGAGAAACAUCUCCGCCUCUGCCGUGCCCUGGACCAACCUCACCGUCUCGGAGUGUUUAGAGGUACGGGGCCAGUUUGUGGGGACAGCAUGUGGACAACAUGGUCCCUAUACCCCUGAUGUGCUCUUCUGGUCAGCCAUCCUCUUCUUCUCCACUUUCUUCAUGUCCAGCUUUCUGAAACAAUUCAAGACCAGCCACUACUUCCCCACAAGGGUACGGUCCACAAUCAGUGACUUUGCAGUUUUCCUCACUAUAGUCAUCAUGGUCCUUAUAGACUAUAUCAUUGGGAUCCCCUCUCAGAAGUUACAGGUGCCCAGCAAGUUCAAGCCAACCCGAGACGACCGAGGCUGGAUCAUUAACCCGAUUGGCCGAAACCCCUGGUGGACAGUUCUAGCCGCUUCCAUCCCAGCCCUGCUAUGCACCAUUCUCAUCUUCAUGGAUCAACAGAUCACUGCUGUCAUCAUCAACCGCAAGGAGCACAAGCUUUUGAAAGGCUGUGGGUACCACCUGGACCUGCUGAUGGUGGGCAUGAUGUUGGCUGUGUGCUCCAUCAUGGGGCUGCCCUGGUUUGUGGCCGCCACUGUGCUGUCCAUCUCCCAUGUGAACAGCCUGAAACUGGAGUCGGAGAGCUCCGCCCCAGGGGAGCAGCCUCGCUUCCUUGGCAUCCGUGAGCAGCGCCUCACCGGCCUGGUCAUCUUCCUGCUGAUGGGCUGCUCUGUCUUUAUGACCACUGUGCUUCGGUUCAUUCCCAUGCCGGUUCUCUAUGGCGUAUUCCUGUACAUGGGGGCCUCAUCUCUUAAAGGAAUCCAGUUUUUUGAUCGCCUGAAGCUGUUUGGCAUGCCAGCUAAGCAUCAGCCAGACUUCAUCUACCUGCGGCAUGUGCCCCUACGCAAAGUUCACCUGUUCACGCUGACGCAGCUGACCUGCCUGGUGCUGCUGUGGGUGAUCAAGACUUCGCCUGCCGCCAUCAUCUUCCCCAUGAUGGUGCUUGCCUUGGUGUUCAUCCGGAAGCUGUUGGACCUGUGCUUUACCGAAAGAGAACUCAGUUACCUGGAUGACCUCAUGCCUGAGAGCAAGAAGAAGAAGCUGGAUGAUGACUCUAAGAAGGCAGCGGAGGAGGCUGAAACAAUGCUGGUGACCAGAGGGGAUGAGGGGAUGGAGGAGGACAAGUCCUCUGUCCGAAUUCCCAUGGAGAGCAGCAAGCUUCUACAGCCCCCUAAAAACAGUGACCCCAGGUGUGACCCAUCAGACAUUAAUAUCUCUGACGAAAUGUCUAAAACUACAGUGUGGAAAUCACUCAGCUCAUAUCACAAGGACAACCACCCAAUUUCUACUAAAAAGUGCGGUGUCUCUCUCUGCAGGAAUGACGAUGAGUGAGGGAGAAGAGUAGUGGCGUUAGCAGGCACAGGAACUCGGGCGCUGUAGAAGCUAGUUCACGCCACAGCUGUCUGUUGCUCAGCUUUCCUGUUAUCUCCAAACGUGUUCAUCUUCACCACCCAUCCUGAGCUCCUUCUGACACCCCCCCUAUCCACACACUAUUCAUAUGUUGGCCAAUACUGAGAUCUCCCAUUCUGAAUAGGGCAAGUGUGUCAUGUGGUAGUAUGACCAGGCAGACUAACUCUCCACUUCCCCAAUCCAGGGUUUUUUUUUCCAAAUAUGUGUGCUCUUACUAGCCCUUUCUCUUUGACGGGGUGUUUUACUUUUUAUUUUUAUUGUGCUGUCAGUGUUUCUGCUCUUGUUGGUGAUGGUAAUAGUGGUGGUGGUGUUGGUGUUGUUUUAAAAUGAUUUUUUAUUCCAAAACAAUAAGUAAUUAACUGACUGAAUAAUGCUGAUAUAUUUUUCUGUUCACCAUUGGGCCUAAAAUUGGUAACUGUUCUUUGCAAUGUAAAUAAGUAGUCAAUUCUAUAGUGUAUUUGAGCUGAAUCCAAGAAAAAAGAAAACAUAGUUUUCUUGUAUAUAUUUCAAUUGAAGGGAAAACUUUAUGACGAACUAUGACAGGCUGAAGAGUGAGAUUUGACACCCUAGGCUAGAAGUAAGACGCAGUAGUUAUGCAAUCAGAUACAAGCAAGGUAAAGGAGGACGAGUCAAAACAUGAAACUAUCCAUUUCUUAUAUAAGAACUGCAUUCUACACAGGGAGAGGACCGGUUAGUCUGAAAAUUAGCAAUAAAUAUGCCAAAACUGUUUUCAGGUAGAGUAUGGUUAUACUGUAUACAUCCAUGAGCC